AUGAAGGCAUGGCAAAUUGGAGGCCGUAGACUUUCCUACCAGGCAAUUGCAGUCAUGCCUUUAUAUCUAAAUCGUAUGGGGCGACAAAAUCCGCAUGUAAGUGGUAUAUAUUUACUUUCCCUCUAAAAAUAUCAAAAAAAAAAUCCAUACGAUUCAAAAAAAAAUGUUUUUAAUUUCUUCCUUGUCUGUCACAGUCUCAAAAGACCUUUAUUGACAUCAUUUUAAAUAUUAAACCCGCCUUAAAUUUGCUUCAACCCAAUUCAAUUGUGUAAGAAUCGAAAAAAAGGCCGACAAGGAACAAUAUCACAAUUUCUAUAGGAAUUUUUACGUGCUCAUUGUACAUUGUACGUUCUAUUAGUUGCAAAAUUGCACAUUAGGUGCUCCCCUCCUAUACCUAAAUUCCAGCCCUUGCCCUUCUCGAACACCGUCGGGCAUUCGCGAUGCUUUAUUUUCCCGACGGAAUCGCCAGGACCUUGUUUAUGUGUUGUAAAGUUCAACGGAAAGGAAAAGGAACGGGGGGAGAGUUGAAUGGGGUUUCCAAUUUACUCGGUCCAUCACUGUAAAAAGUUCAGGGGGCAAGGAAGUGGGCGGGUCGCGCGGGCAAAAAGGUUUCUCCAGCCUUCCGGCGACUUUGCGGGCCCUAUAAAAGUUUUCGGAACUGUCGAUGGAAUUUAGUGUGGAAGUGUUUCGGCGAUACCGGUAAGUCAUCGAAACCGUCUUGCAACUAGCCCAUUUUGCUUUCAUUAGACUUUUUGGAUCCUUUUUGAACUUUGAUUUAUAAUUUUGUUGGGUUUUCAGCUAACAUGUCCGCUCGUCUUGCCAUUCUUCUUUGCCUUUUGGUCGGUGGCGCCAACGCCGGAGGCGGUUAUGCCGUAGCCCCUCCUUCGCGCCCUCCAUCAACCGGAUCCUCGUACGCGAAGCCUCAGCAGAGUUAUCAAGCGCCGGCCAAGUCGUACGCGCAGCCAAGGCAGCAGAGUUAUCAAGCGCCGGCUCGUCAGGCCUACGCCCAGCCAAGGCAACAGACCUACCAAGCCCCCGUCCAACAACAGCAGACCUAUCAAGCGCCCGCUCAGAGCUACGCCCAGCCUCAGCAAAGCUACCAGGCCCCUGUCCAACAGACCUACCAAGCCCAGCAAUCCUACUCCGCCCCAGCUGCCAGCUACUCUCAGAGCUACUCCCAGCCCGCUGCUCAAUACAGCCAGAGCUACUCCGCCCCAGCUGCCAGUUACGGCCAACAGUCUUAUGGAGCCUCCAGCUACGGUCAGCCUUCCGCUAGUUACGGAUCUUCUUAUGGAUCUCCUUACUCUUCCGGAUAUGGCGGACAAUCUGCCGGAUACGGGCAAUCCGCCGGAUAUGGAGCCUCAGGAUACGGACAAUCUGGAUAUGGCGCUGCAGGAUACGGCCAACAAGGCUACGGAGGAGGUCUUGUAGGCCAGGCCGUCGGAUACGCCGGCCAAGCCGUUGGACAAACCGUCAACUACGCCGGUCAGGCCGCUAGCUACGCCGGAAACGCUGUUGGCCAAGUCGCCAGCUAUGCUACUGGAGGAGCCUUGGGAGGAUCUGGCUAUGGUGGUGCCUCUCCCGGCUACGGAGCUUCCUACGGAUCUUCUUAUGGAUCUCCUUAUGCCUCCGGAUAUGGCGGUCAAUCCGCUGGAUACGGACAAUCUGCCGGCUACGGACAAUCCGCCGGAUAUGGAGGCCAGAGCUAUGGCCAACAAGCUUCUUAUGGCCAGAGCUACGCUCCAGCCGCUCAGAGCUACUCCUCUUACUCUGCUCCAGCCCAGAGUUACUCCGCUCCAGCUCAGAGCUAUUCUGCUCCAGCUCAAACCUACUCCGCUCCAGCUGCCCCAGCCUACCAGGCGCCAGUCCAACAAAGCUACGCUGCGCCCGCCCCUAGAUAUUCGGCGCCAGCUGCUCCAGCCUACCAAGCGCCAGCGCAGACCUAUCACGCUCCCGCUGCCGCUCCAUCAUACUCUGCUCCAGCCGCACCACCUGUCUCUUCGUAUGCUCAACCCGCCGCUCCAGCUCCCGCUCCAUCCUACUCCGCUCCGGCUGCUCCAGCUCCAUCAUACUCCGCUCCGGCCGCUCCAGCUCCAUCAUACUCCGCUCCAGCUGCCCCAGCUCCAUCCUACUCUGCGCCCGCUGCUCCAGCCCCCGCUCCGGAGCCAGAACCGGUCGAAGUUCCAGCCGCGCCAGCUCCACAGACCUCGUCCUACAGCCAAGGCCCAGCCGCUCCACCGGCCACCUCCUCCUACCACGCCUCUGCUCCAGCGCCCGCUCCACCAGCCUACUCGCCACCCCACACCACCGCCUCACCACCCGCCCCCGAGCAUCCAGCCUCCAGCGGCGGCUACGACGUCCCACGCACCAACCAGGACGUCCAAACCACCAACUACGUGAACAGAGUGGCCAAGAAGUACUGA